UGUGACGUAGUCGGGGGCGUUGCCCGGUCAAUGUCACUCUGGUGAUCGAUCAAGGGAGGCUUAAUCCUCCACUCAUACAGGAUAACACCGCACAGUUCCACCCUGCCUCCUGAUCUGUUCUUAUUCCCUCUGAAUUACGGGACUGCUUAGGUGAGGAUGAUCAAGAACGGGCACCACGCCGCCGGGGAGCAGCGCGGAGACGCCGGCUCCGGCCAGCCGGAGGGGUCGGUGUGCAGCCCGGAGAAGAGGCAGCGCCUGGUCCGGCUGUGGUGCGACGGCUGCUAUGACAUGGUGCACUAUGGUCACUCCAACCAGCUGCGGCAGGCUAAAGCUAUGGGAGAUUACCUCAUCGUUGGAGUCCACACAGACGCGGAGAUUUCCAAACACAAGGGCCCUCCAGUUUUCACUCAGGAAGAACGCUAUAAGAUGGUGCGGGCCAUCAAAUGGGUGGAUGAGAUUGUGGAAGGAGCGCCUUAUGUCACCACUCUGGAGACUUUGAACAAAUACAGCUGUGACUUCUGCGUGCACGGAGAUGACAUCACGCUGACGGCAGAUGGCAAGGACACGUAUGAAGAGGUGAAGCAAGCGGGGCGUUACCGGGAGUGUAAUCGGACACAGGGGGUCUCCACCACUGACUUGGUUGGGCGUAUGCUUCUCAUGACCAAAGCCCACCACAGCAACAUGGAUAACCCAGAUUACCAGCAGCAUACGGACAACUUUGGAAAGGGUCCUGGAGGCCGGAGUCCAUGGACAGGAGUGUGUCAGUUCCUGCAGACGUCCCAGAAGAUUAUCCAGUUCGCCUCAGGAAAAGAACCUCAGCCUGGGGACACCAUCAUCUACGUGGCUGGAGCAUUUGACCUUUUCCAUAUUGGCCAUGUUGACUUCUUAGAGAUGGUGUAUAAGCAGGCAGAGAGGCCCUACGUCAUUGUUGGUCUGCACUUUGACCAGGAAGUGAAUCGCUACAAGAGGAAGAAUUAUCCAAUCAUGAACAUCCAUGAGAGAACCCUGAGCGUCCUUGCCUGUCGGUAUGUGUCAGAGGUAGUGAUUGGUGCGCCUUAUGCAGUCGGCAAAGACCUGCUGGAUCAUUUUAAGGUGAAUAUGGUGUGCCACGGCAAGACAGAGGUGUUUCCAGACAAGGAUGGAUCAGACCCCUACGCUGAACCUAAGAAGAGGGGCAUAUUCAAGACCAUCAAUAGUCAAAACAGUCUUACCACUGAUGACAUUGUCCAAAGAAUCAUUGAAAACAGGCUGCAGUUUGAAGCCAGGAACCAAAAAAAAGAAGCCAAGGAAAUUGCAGUGAUUGAGGCAAUGAAGAAAAGGGAGCAGCAGGAGGGUGAAGCUGCAGCUCAGCCUGCUCACUAGUGAGCUCAUGUUUCACCUCCGUUUUACUCGUCCAGACACACUGAGCUUUAGUAAAGAGGAUUCUGCAGAACUAGUCUGAAAGUCCUUGUGGUUCUCGGCUGGGUCCGGUCAGACCCUCUUCACUACACGUCCAAAGGGAUCCAAAAUCCUGCUUUAAAUCUUCAAAAAAAAGUUUUUACCUGCAAAAUCCCUUUAAUCCCUUUUCUCCAUAGAAAACCUUGUUUUAUUCUUUUUCCUUUUAUUUUUUUCAUCAUUGAAUUACACUACUACAUGCAGAAUGUUAAGUUUGUAAUGAUGCAUAACUCACUGACAAAGAGUUGAUGUUCUUGUCAGUAAUGUUUUUUAGCUUUUUAAACCCGUUAGAUUAGAUUUAAAGCUCAGUCUUACCCUCUUCCGUGUCUGAAUGUGCUCUAUUUUUAACACAUUUAAUUUCUUUAGGCCACUUUUUUUUGUCCAUCCUGUGAAAAAAGAAAGGAGGAAAAAAAAAAAACAUUGUUAUAUCUGUGAAGUAUCCGGUGGACUUUACUACCUAAAUUUGCACCGUGUAUGUGUAUUUUUGUGUGAGCUGAUGUGAGUCAGUGAGUGUGAGUGCGUUUAUAAAUUAAAUUAGUGCCUCCUUCAUGAAGCUGUAAAUAAUUGAAGGGCUUUUGGAUGGUAUCAGCUUCUGCAGAAAUCUGCUUGAAUGUCUCUGCAGCUGUCAGAAAAGUUAAAUUCCUCAUCACUUCAGUUUGUUUUCAAAGAAUGUCUUUUUUUUCUCUCCUUUUUUUCUUUUUUUUUUCUAAAUUAUUGGACAAUCCCAGUAUUCUCUGUCAGGUAGUUGGAGAUUACUGUCUGUUGCUUUAGCCAUCUUACAUAGAGCAUAUCUGUGUGUGUGCGUGCGUGCGUGUGUGUGUGUUUGCGUGGGUUCAAAGGCAGGAUUGUAGUGGUGGAAUGAAAAAGUUUAUAAUAAUUUUAUAUUGUCUGUGUUUUCAUGGCUUUUCAGUAACUAUAUUUGUGUCUGGAACUUUCAUCAUAAAAUGUUAAUCUCUGGAAAA